GUCAUAUCCUUUAAUUGCUCUGCUAAUUUUCACUCCUGAUUUAGGAUUUUGGUAACUAUGGAGAACAUUAUGUUCCUGCUAUGUGUUUGCCCUGAAUUUUCACAGAACAAUUUAAUAAGACAUUUUAUGUGAUAUUAAUGCAAAUAGUAAUUUCUGUAUAAUUUUCUUUUCAGUUUGUGAAUGAGCCUCGAUGAUUAUGGAUCCAGGUGGUGGAAGUCUUGGUUUGCAGACCCAGGAAUCCAAAAUGCCCCACACUAUGAUUAUGCAGGAUUUUGUGGCUGGAAUGGCUGGUACUGCUCAUAUUGAUGGAGAUCAUAUUGUUGUGUCAGUCCCUGAAGCUGUACUAGUUUCAGAUGUUGUCACAGAUGAUGGGAUAACACUUGAUCAUGGCUUAGCAGCUGAAGUUGUCCAAGGACCUGAUAUCAUAACUGAAACUGACGUUGUUACAGAAGGAGUGAUUGUUCCUGAAUCUGUAUUGGAAGCAGAUGUUGCUAUUGAAGAAGCAUUAGAUACUAGUGAUCAUGUUUUAACUUCAGAUUUAAUAACAGAAACUGUUAGAGUACCCGAUCAAGUUUUUGUGGCUGAUCUUGUUACGGGUCCUGAUGGACAUUUGGAACACGUGGUACAAGAUUCUGUAUCGGGACCCGAUUCUCCCACAAUGGUAUCAGAAGAAGUUCUUGUGACGAAUUCGGAUACCGAAACUGUGAUUCAGGCAGCUGGCACUGUUCCUGGUUCCACUGUUACUAUCAAGACUGAAGAUGAUGAUGAUGGCAAGAGCACAUCUGAAGACUAUUUAAUGAUAUCUUUGGAUGAUGUUGGGGAAAAAUUAGACCAUAUUGGAAACACUCCUCUAAAAAUCAGCACUGAGGUUUCACAUGGUGACGUAUCUAAAGAUGAUGGGUUUGGUUCUGAAGUUAUUAAAGUUUACAUAUUUAAAGCCGAAGCUGAGGAUGAUGUUGAAAUAGGUGGAACAGAGAUUGUAACAGAGAGUGACUUUCACAAUGGACACUCUGUAACUGGAGUUCUAGAGCAAGGCAGCGUUGGCAGAGUCCAGCGCGAGAAAAUGGUUUAUAUGGCUGUUAAGGAUUCCUCCCAAGAGGAUGAAGAUAUUAGCUGUGCUGAAAUAGCAGAUGAAGUUUACAUGGAGGUAAUUGUUGGUGAAGAGGAAGCAACAUCACUUCCUGAUGCACAGCUUGAAGACUCUGGUGUGAAUAAAACUUUUGUUCCAGUUGCAUGGGCUGCUGCUUAUGGGGAUGAUAGAAGACUUCCCAGGAAAUAUGAAGACUGUCAAACACCAGGAACAAACUUGGAUGCAAGAUUAGAGAACAAGAAUGGUAAUACCACUCAGUAUCUGCAAAUUUGUGAUAGCAUUAAUACAAACAGAUUGCUCAAGCAGAAGACCAAGAAAAGGAGGAGAGGUGAAGCGCGACAAUGGCAAACAGCUGUUAUAAUAGGUCCCGACGGACAGCCCUUAACCGUCUACCCUUGUCACAUAUGUGGAAAAAAAUUUAAGUCCAGGGGAUUCUUGAAAAGGCAUAUGAAAAACCACCCAGAUCACAUGAUUAAGAAGAAGUAUCAGUGCACAGACUGUGACUUUACAACUAACAAAAAAGUCAGCUUCCACAACCACCUGGAGAGCCACAAGCUCAUCAACAAGGGUGACAAAACGCACGAAUUCACCGAGUACACCAGGCGCUACAGAGAAGCAAGCCCCCUGAGCUCCAACAAACUGAUCUUACGGGACAAAGAACCUAAACUGCAUAAGUGCAAGUAUUGUGACUACGAGACCGCGGAGCAAGGCCUGCUGAACAGGCACCUGCUCGCGGUUCACAGCAAGAACUUUCCCCAUGUUUGUGUGGAGUGUGGGAAAGGGUUCCGCCACCCUUCAGAGCUGAAAAAGCACAUGAGGACCCACACCGGGGAGAAGCCUUACCAGUGCCAGCACUGCAUCUUCCGUUGCGCGGACCAGUCCAAUCUGAAGACGCACAUCAAAGCCAAGCACGGGACUGACCUGCCCUUCAAAUGCGAACACUGUCCGCAGGCGUUCACAGACGAGAAGGAGCUCCAGCAGCACACGGAACUCUUUCAGGGGCACAAGACUCAUCAGUGCCCGCAUUGCGACCACAAGAGCACCAACUCCAGCGACCUAAAGCGGCACAUCAUAUCCGUCCACACGAAAGACUUCCCUCACAAGUGUGAGGUUUGCGAAAAGGGGUUCCACCGCCCCUCGGAGCUUAAAAAGCACAGCGAAACCCAUAAAGGGAAAAAGAUACAUCAGUGUCGGCACUGUGAUUUUAAAACUUCAGAUCCUUUUGUACUCAGUGGGCACAUCCUCUCCGUUCAUACCAAGGACUUGCCUUUUAAAUGCAAGCGAUGCAAGAGGGGAUUUCGGCAACAGAUGGAACUGAAGAAGCACAUGAAGACCCACAGCGGGAGGAAAGUCUAUCAAUGCCAGUAUUGCGAAUACAGCACUACGGACGCGUCGGGCUUCAAGCGGCACGUCAUAUCAAUACACACAAAAGACUACCCUCACAGGUGCGAGUAUUGCAAAAAGGGGUUCCGAAGGCCAUCCGAGAAAAAUCAGCACAUAAUGAGGCACCACAAAGAGGCCCUCAUGUAGCAUAUGAGCUGUGGAAGACAGUGCGAUAGGCUAAUUGGGGAAGAAAACUCUCAUGAACUGUUUCUCCUGGUUUCAAAGCUUGAUCUUAAACCAUAACUUUGCAUUCUUUGUAUUAAAAGUCUUAAAAGUAUUAGGGUUGACUGGGUAUCUCAUAGCCCGAUGAUUGUUGCUUAUCAGAACCUAAAGAGCACUAUAAACGCAGAGAGAUGAAUGAAUGUCUGAGAAGCUGCAGGAAGAGACCUUGAAUGUCUUCUGUUAUAGAGCGUUACACAUUAUUAAGCUAAAGAAAUACUAAGAUCAUUACCGUAGCCCUUUAUCAAUAACGCCAUUUGUCACAUUAAUGAAAACCAGGGACAGAAGUUCUUUCAAAGUAUUUGCUAGGACAAAUAUAUCAUAUGCAGUUUUGAACAGUGAAGCUAGAUAGAAGUCAGUCAAGUGGUCCUUACAUUUUUUAAAAGGAAAAAAUUGGGCUGGGACAUAGUAUUCAAGAAUGGGUCAAAUUUUAAGAUCUGUCCUUUUUUAUUUUAAAGCGAUCAUAGCAUUUCAUAAGCAAGCCUUGUUUUCUCCAUUUGUUUAAAUCCAAUGAGCAAUUUCCAAAGUUUUCUUUCAGAGCUGCUAACCUAUUUUUAUUGCAGGAUAUCAUGUCAAAAAUACAGCAUUAAGUUUCUGAGAUCAAAAGUUUGGUGCUAGGGACAGAGACAUGUAUGUACAUAAUUUCCCUUUUUACCUGAAACUACAGCUGAAUGUUUAGUAUGGCACAUACCAUGAUUAAAAGUAACUUUUGACCAAUAUUUUUUAAAAAAAAUGAUGGAUGCAGUGAUUGGGCACUCUUCUUUUUCUCGUACCUUCACAACCGUCCUUCAGAGAGUGUCUCACGAUAGAAAGAAGUCAGCCGUUGGAAAUUCCUAGAGAACCUUUCAUAAGCAGUGUUUCUGGCAAGUCGGGGUCCGUGGCCCUGACUCGCCGUUAAAUUUUUUUUUUUAAAAAAAACCCGUAUAGAAACGAAAAUGGCACCUUUUAAAGGAUUCAUACGAAACGUAUACCAUGCUAUAAACUUGCAUUCUCGAUCUGUAUGGAAGUUAUGUAUGCAGUAUUUAACCAGAACAGUGAGCCGCCACUAGAGGUCAGACAUGGGUCUUCAGUUUACAGUGUAUACAUUUGAAAUAUGCAUCCCUUUAAACAAAGCUUUGUGUUAGCAUGCUGCAAAUCAAAAUGGCGCUUAAUAUAACAAGCUGGUCUAGGGCUAUUUAAUAAUUUAAAAAAAAAAAAAUCUGUUCAUAAAUGUUAUACAUAUAAUGUGUCCUUUUUUAAAAACUUACGUUUUAAGUUGCUUCAUGUUUGCACACAGCUGUUCACAUGAUAAAUUGUAACUUUAAUUCAUUCAUGCUACUAUAUUGUGGCUUUGUGUUUCCGAUAAUGUUCAUACUUUGUUUUUGCACCAGAUGAGAAUCAGUUCCUCGAGAAUAAAUUUUUUUUAUAUAUUUCCGACCUUCAGAAAGUUAACUUUGGGAAACCUUAGGAAACUACUUGUGUUUUAUGUGGCUGUAAAAAUGAUGUACACGCUGUAAAAUAAGAUUGUCACCGUUAUGUGGGAUUAUUAUUUCAAAAUGUGUUACUCAUUGUAAUGAGCAUACAAUAAAAUGCAUCUCUUGCACUCC